AUGUGCUCCCGCGGAUCCUGCCACGACUACGAGUCCUCCUGCCAUGGAUCCCGUUCCUCCUGCCACGAAUCGGGGUCUUCCUGCCAUUACACCAUCCAGAGGCAGCCAGUGCAGAAGUUCACCUACGUGACACCCUCCUGCCCCCCAGUGCAGUCCUAUUGCCCCCCUGUGCAACGUUAUUGGCCCCCUGUACAGCCCUACUGCCCUCCCGUGCAGCCCUACUGCCCCCCUGUCCCCUACUGUCCCCAGUACACCAAGAACAUCUGCAAGCUGCCACCAACGUACCCCAAAUACUAA